AUGGUGACUACUAAUGAAGAAGGAAGUAAAGUAGAACACGAAUCUGAUUAUGACAGGCAAAGAGAGCUUAAGCUUCUUGAUGAGUCCAAAGCAGGUGUGAAGGGCCUUGUUGAUGCCGGUUUGUCUAAGCUUCCAAGGAUCUUCAUUCAUGAAAAUCUUAGCACAUCUUCCUCUGCUACCAAUAACAAUGUUACUAUUCCAGUCAUUAACUUGGGAUCAAUGCAUGAGCAAGUUAGCUCACGGCUUGAGAUAAUUGAGAAGGUGAAAGAUGCUUGUGAGAAGUGGGGCUUCUUUCAAGUGGUCAACCAUGACAUUCCAGAGUGUGUUUUGGAUGAAAUGCUUGAUGGGGUGCGCAGAUUUCAUGAGCAGGAUCCUGAGGUGAAGAGAGAAUUCUAUUCACGUGAUAUUUCGAGGACGGUGUAUUACAACACCAACAUGGAUUUAUACACAAGUCCUGCGGUUAAUUGGAGGGAUACACUCUCUUGUGUAUUGGCUCCAAGGCCUCUUCAUCCUCUCCAACUCCCUUCAAUCUGCAGAUAUAUGGUUCCAACAACAUGCUAGUAGUUAGUUACAUUGAGAUUUUAAUUAGUUUAUGAUAUGAAUUGUAUGUUAUUAGUAAUCCCAAAAGAGCUGGUGCUACUUAUGUAAAUCGAAUUAGGUUGUGUAGAUUUAUAUUGAAGCACGAAUAGCUCUAAAUCUAUAGAGGUUGUUUCGAUUUACUAUGGUGUAAAUCUAAUUCAGCAAUUGGCGGAUACUUAAUCCCGCGCCUUUGUUGCCUUUGUUGCGCUGGUCGCCGGCGGCGGCAGAAACAGCAGGUCUCGGAGCUGAUCGUCGUUGUCGUCUUCUUGCUUUAACUCUCGCCAUCAACUUUCUCUUCGCGGUCAGCUUCUUCUCGGCCGUCAGCUUCCUUCAUGCAACUAGAUGCUGGUCUCUGGUUUGGUGAGUUUCAACAAAUUCCCGUUCUUUUUUUUUUUUCAGUUUUGUUGCUGUAAUUCAUCACUGCACUUUGAUUUUGUUGCCGAGAAUAUCACUGAACUAGAUUUUUUGUUGCUCAAAAUUAUCAUUGACAUGAAUUUGUUAUUGAUUAUCAUCCCUCAACCUUGAAUAAUUUGUUAUUGAGCUGGAAUUUUCUAUUUACAUUGUGUUUGGAUUGAACCUAAUUAGUUGUGACCAUAUGUAUACUUCAGUCUAGAAGUUGGAUUAAUGGUUUAUUUAGAUGGAUAUAUCUUGGAAAUGCUAAACAGUACUUAUAAAAGUUGUUGCUGCAAGUAUAAAAUUUAAUAUUUAAUUUGUUACUCCUUUAUAUUCUUAUAUAAAGGAUUACAAUGAUAGAAUCAGCAUUGUGUGAGCAUACUAUGUAUUGUGUUGGUGAUUAGCUAACAUACUAUUUGGAGUCUAUCUAAAGAUAGACGAGGCAGGAUAAUUGGUUUUUGGAAUUUUAUCCAUGCAUGAUCUUUGGUUGUUGACAAUAUGACAUUAGAGCUCUGUCCAUUAAGCUCUAAUGGAUUCUCAUUUUUAAUGGUUUAUUAUUUUGGUACACAAUUAAUUUUAACAUUAUGUCAACAUUUUUAAGAAAUCAAUUGCCUUUAUCUUAAAUAAUAUGUUCUGCUUUUGUUAUCCUGAAUACACUAAGGGGCAGUACAAAGGCAACAAAACAUAGGAGUGCAGUCAACAAAUACAAUAUAAGGGGCCUGUUUCGAUGCCUGAAUUGGUUGAAUUUGUUAUUGAUUAUAGUCACUAAACCUUGAAUUUGUUGCUGUUUUAUUCAAAUAAUUACUUAACUAAAUCUUUUUGUUGCUGAAAGUCAUUAUUGAAUUGAAUUUGUUAGUGAUUGAACCUUAAAUUUGUGGUUGUCUUGCUGAAUAAUUAGAGUUAAUUUUCUUUUUGUUAAAAAUCAUCAAAGUUAAAUUUGUUAUUGAUUAUCAUGACUGAACCUUGAAUUUGUUGCUGUCUUUGCUCAAAUAAUCACCUAGCUCUUUAAACUUUUACAGCAUGACUUUGCUUCAUCAUUGUAGUUUGUGCCUUUGAAUCAAAUUAAAAGAACUGUACUAUAGGCAUUGAUUCAUUGUUGUAGUAGAAGUUAUCUGUAAUGUAUUAUCUUGAGGAAGCUUAUCCUCUUGUAGCAAAUAUUAAAUUUAUACAUGUAAUCAAAGUAUGAUCGUUGUCAAAUACA